AUGCAGAAGACGCUACUCCUCGUCGUGUCGUUCCUGGCACUGUACGUGGUGAAGAAGUACCAGGACUGGCGCAGGGCCGUCCGAUCGAUCCAUGAUGUUCCUGGGUACCGCCAUGUGUUCGGACCUCAUUCCUUCCUCCUGGUCCGGCGCAUCCGGUAUCUAUGCACAGGCUCGUUUACCCCCUGGCUGAAGAAGCACGAUGAUUUCGCCCAGUACGACUCAGACAUCAUCUCCGGCGAAAUCACGGGCGCCAGAACCCGCUUCCCGAAACCGCUAGACGCGUAUGAAGGCAUCAAUGUUUAUGGCCACAACAUCGUCGGCACUGAGGCCGACGAGUGGAAACGCCACAGGAAGAUUACUGCCCCGUCUUUCUCAGAGAGGAACAACCGGCUGGUGUGGGACGAGACCAUCGGCAUCGUGCAGGAGCUUUGCGAGGAUGUCUGGGGCGGCAAAGACCACGUCGUCGAGAAUAUCGUCGAUGUAACAAUUCCGCUCGCGCUCUUCGUCAUUGGCGCUGCUGGCUUCGGGCGCCAAAUGUCCUGGAAGGCAGACCUGAACGUCUCGCACGGGCACACGAUGCCCUUUAAAGAUGCGCUGCAUGUCAUCUCUGUCGAGCUGUGGAUCAAGGCGCUUCUCCCUUCGUGGUUCGUCGAGUGGGCACCCAUCCCGCGGAUCCGCGCUUUCAGGACGGCAUAUACGGAGCUAGAGCGGUACAUGAUUGAGAUGAUAGAAGAGCGCAGGGGGUCCGAAAAGAAAGAGCAGCGGUAUGAUCUAUUCACCAGUCUCCUUGAUGCGAACGAAGAGGAGUCGGAUGGCAUUACGAAGCUGAGCGACAGCGAAGUCAUGGGCAACAUCUUCGUGUUCCUCAUAGCCGGCCAUGAAACGACUGCCCACACGCUGGCGUUCACCUUCAUUCUACUAGCGCUCUACCAAGACCAGCAAGAGAUCUUAUAUCAGCACAUCAAGAGUGUUGUUCCUGACGGCAAACUUCCUAGCUACGAAGACAUGGGCAAGCUCACACAGUGUUACGCCGUUAUCUUGGAAGCUCUGCGCAUGUAUCCGCCGGUAUGUCUCAUCCCGAAGACAACCGCCGAAGACACAACCCUUCAUACUUGCAACAUGGCAGGCGAGCCUAUCGCAAUCCCUUGCCCCGCUGGGACAGGCAUUGGUGUCCACAUAGCAGGGUUACACUACAAUCCACGAUACUGGAAGGACCCAUACGCUUUUAAUCCUUCUCGGUUCCUCGAGGACUGGCCGCGCGAUGCUUUCCUCCCCUUCAGCGGUGGUGCGCGCUCGUGCUUGGGCCGGAGAUUCUCGGAGAUGGAGGCGGUGGCUGCCUUGACCUACAUCAUAACUAGGUACCGUGUUGAAGUCAAAGAGGAGCCCCAGUUCGCUGCGGAGACAUUCGAGCAGCGCAAGGAGCGUCUGUUGACAUGCAAGACUGCGAUAACACUCUACCCUGCGAAGGCGCCUCUUGUAUUCAAGAGAAGGUAG